UUCAAUUGGAUUCAGCUUCUAAAAAUUUCCUUUCAACUAAAGAAUCAGAAAAAUUCUUGGCUAGUCUAAAAUAUGUUGAUGUUGUCUUUGUUUUGGACGAUAUUUCAUUGAUGGACUGGUUAAAAUCGAAAAACGUUGAUUGCCAAAAGAUAAUCCUCAGAUCUGUUGAUGAUGGAAAAGGAUCUUGUAACAGACAAACUGACAUCGUUAACAUUAAUUUGCGAAGGAAGAGAGCUGCACAAGAGAGUAGAAGAGUUAAGAGUGCUCCAGCAAUUUUGCAACCCAUAAGAGAGAAAAAGCCUCCAAAAUCCCACGCAACGUGGUUUGUGAGUGGAGAAGACGAGGAAGAGGAAUAUGAAUACAAUGUUAAGACAACAGCCCAUUUUGAUAAUUAUCCACCCAAGAAAAAUCAUCGCUACCCUAUGAGAGGAUCGAAGGGACCUCACUUCAAAGCAGCUGUUAAAGGGCAAUAUCCGUAUAAACAUCAACGCCCACCACAGUUCUAUCACAAACAAAAAGUUGGCUAUGGAGGCCCUUCUAAGUGGCAGCAUAGUGUACAUUUUGGAUAUGACCCAAAUGAGCAUGACCAAUAUGAGUAUGAGUCAAAUGAGUAUGGGUCAAAUGGUCAUAGACCAAAUGCUCAUGGACCAAACGGUCAUGGACCAAAUGAAAUUGAUUCAGAGGAGUAUGAGCAUUAUGGUCAUGGAUAUGAUAAGUAUUCUCACCCAAUGGAGGGCAGAAACAAGAUAAAUUAUCAGCAAACCCAGAGAAUUACAACAAGAAUAUCAAUGAAUAUCAAAAAUCAUCGAAAGGAAACUAACAAAAAUGAAGCUAAACGUUCCCGAGGAACUGUACGAUUUAAUUUGGAAAAUGAAAUAAAUAGGGAGGAAAAGGAAAAUCGGAAUAAAAUAAAUGAAAAAUCAGAAAAGGAAAAAAUGGAAGAUACAGAAGCAAAAGAAGUAUCAGAACAAAAGGAAGUAAAACAAGAAAAGGAAGAGGUAAAGUAA